UCCGUGACGUGGCUGUCUCGUACUGUAUCAAAACACAGACAGGCAGAGCUCGGGGUCUUAUCAUCACUUCUCCGUUUUCUAACUAAAAAACGACCAUUUCUAUUGGACAGAUUCCGAUGAUAUGAGUUUGGCCAGCGGUGGCUUUCUGAUACCGUUGUCUACCGCCGGGAACGAUAACAACAAGAGACAUACAUUCCCUGGACUCUGAAGCUGCGUGUGGAUCAGUGUUCAGGUGAUCGUAAUGGCGGAGGGAGGCUUUGACCCCUGUGAGUGCAUCUGCCCCCAGGAGAACGCCAUGAGACGACUCAUCAACCUGCUACGUCAGUCUCAGUCCUACUGUACAGACACAGAGUGCCCUCAGGACACGCCAGGACCCAGUGGCUCAGUAGGAGGUGGAGACCUGACUGUCCCCAUGGUUCUGAUGGGCUGGAUGGUUCUGGUUCUGCUCCUCUUCCUCUUCAGACCCAACAGCCUCAGAGGAUCCACAGCACCGCCUGCCGGAAAACCUACUGGACCUCACAGUGUAGAGUCGUGACCAGGAGCCCCCAUCUCCCCCGGUGGACUAGCAACGGAACCAAACGGAACCACCAGCCGUUCUGCCGUUCUACGUUGGUACCCGGAAACCCAACAGCUUACUGCGACCUCUGACCCCUGUACAUCAACAUGUAUUUCCUGUAUAGUGCACUACUUUUGACCAGAGCCCUAUGGAGGUAGUGCACUACUUUAGACCAGAGCCCUAUGGGGUUAGUGCACUACUUUUGACCAGAGCCCUAUGGGGGUAGUGCACUACUUUUGACCAGAGCCCUAUGGGGGUAGUGCACUACUUUUGACCAGAGCCCUAUGGGGUAGUGCACUACUUUUGACCAGAGCCCUAUGGGGGUAGUGCACUACUUUUGACCAGAGCCCUAUGGGGGUAGUGCACUACUUUUGACCAGAGCCCUAUGGAGGUAGUGCACUACUUUUGACCAGAGCCCUAUGGGGGUAGUGCACUACUUUUGACCAGAGCCCUAUGGGGGUAGUGCACUACUUUUGACCAGAGCCCUAUGGGGGUAGUGCACUACUUUUGACCAGAGCCCUAUGGGGGUAGUGCACUACUUUUGACCAGAGCCCUAUGGGGGUAGUGCACUAUAUAGGCCAGGGAUGAGGGUGCGGGAUCCACAGUUGUUCACGGGUCUGCAUACCCACAUCUAUUUUCUUAUUUUAUUUUUUAUUUUAUUUCACCUUUAUUUAACCAGGUAGGCUAGUGGAGAACAAGUUCUCAUUUACAACUGCGACCUGGCCAAGAUAAAGCAAAGCAGUUCGACAACAUACAACAACACAGAGUUACACAUAAACAAACAUACAGUCAAUAAUACAGUAGAAAAAUAAGUCUAUAUACAAUGUGAGCAAAUGAGGUGAGAUAAGGGAGGUAAAGGCAAUAAAUAGGCCAUAGUGGCAAAGUAAAUACAAUAUAGCAAUUAAAACACUGGAAUGGUAGAUUUGUAGUAGCAGAAAGUGCCAAGUAGAAAUACUGGGGUGCAAAGGAGCAAAAUAAAUAAAUACAGUAGGGGAAGAGGUGACUAACAUAACGAGAGAGAAACUGCUGAUAUACAAAAAGCACAUUUAGAAAUUCCACUUUGUGUGUUCUGCUAAUCUACCUCAGAGGGGCGGGAAUGUAGAGUCUGGAUCAGCCUUUUAUACUGUCCUCUUCCCUCUGGGCAUCACUGGCUGCAUCUCAGAUGGGCCUUUCUAGUGCACUACAUGGGGCUCUAGUCAGAAUUAGUGCACUACAUAGGGCUCUAGUCAGAAUUAGUCUAGUCAGAAUUAGUGCACUACAUAGGGCUCUAGUCAGAAUUAGUCUAGUCAGAAUUAGUGCAUUACAUGGGGCUCUAGUCAGAAUUAGUCUAGUCAGAAUUAGUGCAUUACAUAGGGCUCUAGUCAGAAUUAGUCUAGUCAGAAUUAGUGCACUACAUGGGGCUCUAGUCAGAAUUAGUGCAUUACAUAGGGCUCUAGUCAGAAUUAGUGCAUUACAUAGGGCUCUAGUCAGAAUUACUCUAGUCAGAAUUAGUGCACUACAUAGGGCUCUAGUCAGAAUUAGUCUAGUCAGAAUUAGUCAAGUCAGAAUUAGUGCACUACAUAGGGCUCUAGUCAGAAUUAGUGCAUUACAUGGGGCUCUAGUCAGAAUUAGUCUAGUCAGAAUUAGUGCACUACAUAGGGCUCUAGUCAGAAUUAGUCUAGUCAGAAUUAGUGCAUUACAUAGGGCUCUAGUCAGAAUUAGUCUAGUCAGAAUUAGUGCACUACAUAGGGCUCUAGUCAGAAUUAGUCUAGUCAGAAUUAGUGCAUUACAUAGGGCUCUAGUCAGAAUUAGUCUAGUCAGAAUUAGUGCAUUACAUAGGGCUCUAGUCAGAAUUAGUCUAGUCAGAAUUAGUGCACUACAUAGGGCUCUAGUCAGAAUUAGUGCACUACAUAGACUAAGGUGCAAUUUGGGACGCAGACAUUAUUUUGCUAUGGUCAACUAGCUAGUCACUAGUCAUCUAGUUUAUUGAUUGGUCUGAUCAACUAGCCAGUCACUAGUCAUCUAGUUUAUUGGGGGGAGAUAGAAUCACUUAGCAACAAGAAGGGGGAGGGGCUCUUCAGAAUCGACACCCAACAUUCCGCAGUGAUGGGGGGGAAUAGAAUCACUUAGCAACAAGGGGGGGAUUAGAAUCACUUAGCAACAAGGGGGGGAAUAGAAUCACUUAGCAACAAGGGGGAGAAUAGAAUCACUUAGCAACAAGGGGGAGAAUAGAAUCACUUAGCAACAAGAAGGGGGAGAAUAGAAUCACUUAGCAACAAGAAGGGGGAGGGGCUCUUCAGAAUCAACACCCAACAUUCCGCAGUGACGUCACAAUGGAUCUGAGCGUAGCGUGCGUUGAUGAUGUCAUAGUGUAGUUCAACAUGUGUUAUUGUAGUCAGGUCAUGGGGUGUAUUCAUUAAGUCUAUUCUGUUGCAAAACAUUUUUAGGUUGUUGCAACAACAAAACAAUGUUUUGCAUCAGAAACCUUUUUUUACUCCAGAGUUUCUAUUGGACAAAUGUAGGUAGGCCCCUAAAAUGAUUAGCGGGUUUCCGUUGCAAGACGGAAUGAAUACACCCCAGGGUUUAUUUUUUUUAUUUUUUUUUUAAAUCUGUCUGUUUUGAAGCCGAUACGCCAUUUUGAAAAAGCUAUUUUAUAUUAAACCCCCUCUCUCUC